GAACAUGGACGUUCUGACGCUGGUUCUGCUCCUGAGCUCCAGCCGCGUGUCUGGUUUCCUCAUCACUGUCGCCCCCUGGAGGUUUUGUCUGACGACACAAAGUCAGGUCAUCGUCCUGGAACAGUGUGAUGUCACUAACCCCGCCCACCAGUGGGCGUGGACAGGUGGGGGCAGACUGGUCCACACUCAGUCCUCCUGGUGUCUCUGGCCCAAUGGGAGCCCUCAGCUGCCCCCCCACACCCGCCUCACCAAACUCAGCGCCUGCAGCGGAGCGCCGGGGUGGAGCUGCACCGAGGGAGCGUUUGGAUUGGCUGAGACACACGUGUACCUGAAGAAGCUGGGGUCAGGCGUGGUGGUCGAAGAGACCCAGCAGGGGUCCGGGUGGAGGGGGUCCGGGUGGAGGGGGUCCGGGUGGAGGAGGUUCGAUGUGGACGCAGAAGGAAACAAGCUGCUGACGUCGUUAUGUCCCGACACAGACUCCGCCCCCUUCUAUUCGUCCACACGUGAACCGCAACGACUCAGCAGCUCCGCCCGACGUCCUGCGACUACACAAUCAACACACAACCACAAAGUCAGCAGAUGUGUGACCGCCCCAAACAUCACAGACUCACAACUCACAGACUCACAUGCCACGGCCUCACAUGCCACAGACUCACAACUCACAGACUCACAACUCACAGACUCACAUGUCACAGACUCACAUGUCACAAACUCACAACUCACAAACUCACAACUCACAGACUCACAUGUCACAAGUGUCACGGACCCGGAGGUCGGUUACAGGUUUAUAUUCUGA